AACGUCGUAUUUUAGCUGCAAUGAUCACUAUCUAUUACCAGUCAUACUGAAUAAUUUCACCUCCGGUGUCUGUGGUUAGCUGAGGAUGACAGAUCUCGAAUCAAAAGUCUUGCAUCUUCCAUCAACGAUUCAGUUGUCUGAAUGAUAUUGGUAUCUAUCACGGAAGCCUUCUCCCAGUAGCACCUGAUAAAAGUUAGGGCACAUAUAAGGCCGAGUAUUGUCCCCUCUACCAAGUUUUUCGGAACGUACACUCUCGCCUCAAUAGCCGAAACAAAUGAGUGAAGAUUCUCCUCAGCAGUUAGUGUGGAUGAUAACGGGAUGCUCGACCGGGUUCGGACGGCGCUUCGUACCCGCCAUCCUUCGCAGGGGAGACAAAAUAAUUGCUACUGCCCGGAACCUGUCCACUAUCGAGAAUCUGGCGACAGAAGUCUCUGAGCAAGGCCUUGAUGCCAAUAAUCUCAAGAUUCUUGAAUUAGAUCUAGAAUGGACCACAGCGAAGCUUGAAGGCGUCGUUAAAGAAGCGCUGAAUACCUGGGGCCGGAUCGAUGUUUUGGUUAACAAUGGGGGGGUCGGGAUGAAGAGCCUCAUCGAGGAAGCGGACGCCCGAUUAUUUGCCCGCCAGUUCCAGAUCAACAUGUUCGGGCACGUCGACGUCACGAACGCUGUACUUCCGUCUAUGCGUGCCAGAAAGUCGGGCACCAUUGUAGUACUCGGAAGCAGGAGUAGUUGGAGACCUGAACUGCCAGCAACUGGACCUUAUGCAUCUUCAAAAGCAGCUUUCACUGCGUAUGCGGAGACUCUUGCAACUGAGCUGGCUUUUUUCUCCAUUCGUGUGCUCAUCGUCCAACCCUCCAGUUUCCGAACUGAAAACAUGCUAACCUACCCGUACCACAACGACAAGCUUAUCCCCGAGUACGAUAUCUUGCGUGAGAAGGCUCUCGCUGGUGCAGGAAGCCUGCACGGGAAUCAACCCGGGGAUCCCGUCAAGGCUAUUGAACUAGUUGUCGAUGUAGUAAGAGGAGAAGGGAAGGCUAAAGGGAGAAAGUUCCCCAGAUAUUUGCCCCUAGGCUCGAACGCGGGACAGGCGAUCAAAGAGAAAACGGACAUGAUGAAAAGUGUGUUGGAGGAGUGGGGUGAUGUUAUCGGGAGUGAAUUAGAUUAUGAGACAGUUGGUGGAACAAAGAUGUGGUUUUCAUGAGAUACGGGAGAAUAUAAAUGAGGAAAGCGUACGUGGAUAUGUUGGUAUUUAGCAAGUACAUAGACAUGUUGGCUACAGAGAUACAUCAAAAGCACUGGGGGAU